AUGCUUUCUUUUCAAACAGAAAAUAUUGCAGGGAAGUUGACUUUCUAUCAGAUGGAGGGAAAUGCCACGUAUGUGAGGGACACAGGAGAACUGGCUUCAUAUAUUCCCACUGAGACCAUGUUUGAACUCUUCGAUCCCCAAAAGAAUCUCAGUUUGGCAAAGUUCUCCUACACGUGGGACUUAGGGAACGGGGAGGUGAUCCAGGGGACGGAGCCGGUGGUCCGCUAUCAUUACUCUGCAUCUGGGAACUACACACUGCGGCUGAAAGUAGGAGUGAAUGUGACCAAAUAUGCUCUUCCUUUCACUGACGUCUACUCCAAGGAUGUCCAAGUGCUCGAUGCCAUUAAAAACAUCGAGCUGAAGGGGCCUUCAGAUUACGAGGUGUCUCAGAACACCAGUCUGGCUUUUCAUGUUGAUGGAAGUCCUCCCAUGUGGGUGUGCUGGCGCUUCCUGCCCAACUGUGUGCCGGACACGACGGGGGGCUGCACGCUGACCAUGCUGUAUGAAAACACUCUGCGACUGAACCACACCUUCACCUCUGCCGGCGUCCACUGCUUGGACAUCAGCGUCCGCAAUGAGAUCAGCAAACUGCAGACCUCCUUCAGCCUUAAUGUCAAGAGAAACAAUAACAGCCACAUGUUCUUCAUCCUGUCAUGUGCUGCCAUUCUUCUGGCAACCUUCUCCUUCAUCGCCGUCAUCGCCUGCCGCCCUCGGCAUCACAACAGACCUCAGAUUGCUACUUCCAGUAACGCUAUAUUCCUGAAGAACCAAUACUCUGAGUGUCAAAGCCAGAUUCAUUUGAACUUCUCCAGCGCGCGGAGGGGAGAGAAAGAGCCACUUCUCCUGCAGUUUGGGAGUCCGUACUCUUAGCAUCACUGUGGACACAUGUGCAUGUAACGUUACACAACAAUUCUCAUCCCACAUAUCACCAUGUUAUAGAUGUAUAAAGAUAAAUCUGUGAACGUGCACUGCAUACACGGAGCCUGUGUGUAUAGUUCACAUGCUUUCUGUAUUUUCUAUAAACUAUAUGGUGAUCAAUUAGUCCCAGCGCUCAGGCUGACAUUCAAAUACACUUAUAAUACAUUAAUAGCACAAUCGCAGGUCAUGUUUAAGCAAUGAGUGUCGAUUUAAGCAUGCUGUGAAUGGAUCAUUUAUAAAUAGAUCACUUAUUCAUGUUGUUAUUUAUAUACAUGUAUUAAUUUGAGCCUUGUGUUGCUUUGCUUUCCAGUAAAAUAACAAGUUAACACAUAAAACAUAUGUUACCUUUGAUCUUUGAUGUUUGAAUUCUUGAAAAUAAACUACAUUCUAAUGCUUUCCCUCAGAUUUAAUUGGA